GGGCCCCCUCGGUUCGUGGUGCCCGGGGGUGCUGUGAGGGCCCCGCUCCGAGCAGUCCGAUUGACACGGGUCCGUCUCAAAGCCUAAAUCCGUCGUCACCCCGCUGCCCCCCGCUCCCGCCCUGCAGCCGGAGCAGGAAGUGAUCCCCCAAGCCAGGGACCAAGCCCCGGACCCCCGGCACAUCCAUGGGGCCGGGCAGGGGCUGGCUGGUUGCUGGGCUGGCUGGGCCCUCCCUUGGGUCGUGGGCAGGCUGGUUGCUGGGCUGUCUCUGUGUCCCUGCCUGGCCAGUUCUUGCCCUGCCUUGUUUCACUUCCUCAUUCCUGCUGCCGGGUGAGCCUGGAUUCCCAGGGCCUGCUAGAGCAACAUGGCGGAACCCGGCCGACCCCAGCGGAAAAUGUCCCGGGCGGGGGAGAGUUUGUACAGAGUCCUGGGCCUGGAGAAGGGGGCUUCUUCAGAGGAGAUCAAGAAGGCGUACAGGAAACUGGCCCUGAAGUACCACCCGGACAAGAACCCCGAGAAUCCCGAGGCAGUGGAGAAGUUCAAGGAGAUCAACAAUGCGAACGCGACGCUGAAUGACGAGAACAAGCGGCGGAUCUAUGACGAGUAUGGCUCCAUGGGGCUCUACGUGGCGGAGCAGUUUGGCGAGGAGAGCGUCAAGUACUACUUCCUCAUGUCCAAGUGGUGGUUCAAGGCCUUGGCCGUGUGCUGUGGCAUCUUCACCUGCUGCUGCUGCUGUUGCUGCUGCUGUUUCUGCUGCGGGAAGUGCCGUCCGCCAGAGGAUGAGGACUCCUACAAGUAUGUCAACCCGGAGGACCUGGAGGCGCAGAUCCAAGCUGAGGCCGAAGAGACCCAGACACCCAUUGUGGUGCAGCCCCUGCCUGCAACAGCUGGAGAGGAGCCGCUGCCAGGCGCCAGCCCCAGGACUGAUGCAUGAGGCCAGCUUCGACCUGCCGACUGCCUGUCCCCUCGCCUGGACUCUGGGUGGGAACCCCACUGGACCUGCCGCUGCCCGGGGAUCCUGUCCCCCGCUGGGGGCAGCCAGGCCACCUGGCUGUGGCUCGAAUCUCAGGUAAACUGGCAACGCCUGUGGGGAGGCCGUUCCUGCAAGGACUCGUCCUGCGCCUGCCAAGGCUCCUCGUGCUGUGACUUUGGCUGCUGUAGCCUGCUGGCGGGCCAGGCUCCCUGCGCUGGCAUUGCUGCCCAAGGAACCUGAGACUGCAAACCCCUGGGCACACCCCGCGCAGCCCCCCUCCCUCCCUCGGCCAGUCACUCACCAGCAGCACCAGCACCCGCCUGGCUUCUCCCCAGCGGGCCCCUCCCCCCACAAACCACGUGUUUACAGCUGCGUGGAUGCCGAGCUCGCAGGGCCCUGGCCCGAGAAGCACAAGUCUGUGCCCCAGCCGCGCAGUCUGGAGGCAAACGAGACCAAUCCCACUGUAACUAGCCCAUGGAGACAGGGCAGCCGCGGGCUGAGCCGGCCGGGCACCCUGUCCCUUCCCUGUGUCGGGUGCCAAACAGCUCUCUGGGCUGGGCGUGGGCCUGGCGGGCUGGGCUGCCCCUGGCAGACAGCGCACUCACUGCCUGCUUGCACUGUGGCUUGCUGCCCCCCAGGGGCAGCACCCCCCCCCCCCCCCAGCGCUCCUGGCCUGGCCCCGACAGAGCCUCAGUCACUGUGUCUGAGCCUCGGUGGUGUCCCUGCCGGCGCCCUGGGGCCCACCGGCAUGCGGUGUCAGGGCAAUAAAGGAACCUGUGGUCUGGC